AUGUCUGGACAUACGUUUCCCCGCAUAUCCUCUCAGCGACCGCAUGUGUGCCGUCUAGCCUUAUCGCACUAGUACCUAACGUCAGGCCGCGAGUCAGGCUGAUUGAUGCCCACAAAUAGCGGUCAUCUGAGCUGCUCCGGGUCAGCGCUCCUUUGAAAUCAUUCCUCAGGCUUGUCGUCGUCCUACUCCAGAUCAUGAACUUGAAGGGCUCAGCGGACGCCUCAGUCGACGUUGAGAGCAUCCGAAAGCAUGUUUUGUCUCCCUCGGUGCAGGCUGCGGACGCGCCGGUCGAUGCCUCCGACAAGCGGCUGCAUGAACUCGGCUACAAGAGCGAGUUCAGGAGGGACAUGUCCCUCUUCGGCGUGCUCGGUAUAUCCUUCUGUGCCAUUGGCAUCCUGACGGGCAUGAGCAGCGCGUUUCAGACGGGAUUGUUCUCGGGCGGACCUCUUGGAUUGUUCUGGGGAUGGAAUAUUUGCAGCCUAUUCAUGUUUCUCAUAGCCCUGUCGCUCGCGGAGAUCUGCAGUGCAUAUCCGACCAUGGGAGGCUUGUACUUCUGGGUAUGCAAGAUGAAACCAGAUCUUCCUGUCUUGGGCUUCUGCACAGGAUGGAUCUACAGUAUUGCGAUGGUCUUCACAGGCACCUCGGGGAACCUCAGUGUCGCACUCUACCUCGCGUGCAUGGCGGAGGUGGGGCAGGGACGUACGCUCACGCGAGUCGAGAUCGCCGCGAUUGCAUGGGGCGUGAACAUCGCGUCUGGAAUCAUCAAUACCAUCGGCACGCGUGCGAUUGGCGGAAUGAGUACGUUCAAUCUGUGGUGGACCUUGGGUGGGACGUUUGUGCUCGUGAUCACGCUGUUGGUCAAGGCGCCGGUGAAGAACUCCGCGGACUUCGUCUUCACUGACUACCAGAAUUUCACCGGCUGGAGCAACAAAGGUUUCGUUGUGCUCCUCGGGUUCCUGCAAGCUGUGUACACCCUCGAAGGCUGCGAGACCGCCGCGCAAGUGGCCGAAGAGGCACAGAACGCGUCGUUGCUCGCGCCGCUCGGGGUCGUCUUCUCCAUCGUCGGUUCCUGGCUCAUCGGGCUCGCCUACAUGCUUGCGCUCCUCUUCGGAGUGCAGUCGAUCGCGUCCGUGCAGGCCACGUCGUUCGCGCUGCCGAUUGCGCAGCUCUACUACGAUGCUGUCGGCCAGCGACUCACGCUCAUGUGCUUGUUCGUCGUCGCGCUAGCGCAGUUUAUGGCUGCUGUGACUGCGUUCACGGCGAGUUCGCGAUUGAUGUACGCGCUAGCGCGAGAUCGUGCGAUGCCUGCGCGGUCGAGGUUCAUGAGCCUGAACCGGUGGCAGAGUCCGUACUGGGGCGUGUGGAUAUCGGUACUCAUCGGAUGCAUCAUCUCGUGCGCGUACAUUGGCUCAACGAUCGCGUUCAACGCUAUCCUGUCUUCGGCGGCAAUCGCGGUUAUGCUCUCCUACUUGCAGCCUAUCCUGAUCCGCCUUUGCUGGCCAUCUACAACCCUACCUGAACCUGGUCCUUUCCAUCUCGGACACUACUCAUGGUACAUCAAUCUCGCAAGCGCACUGUUCACAAUGUUCAUUUGCGUACUGUUCGUGCUGCCGACAGCAUAUCCCGUGGAUGCACUCAACAUGAACUAUGCCGUUGUGGCGAUUGGUGGGGUAAUACUCAUAGUAUCGCUGUGUUGGGUCCUCUGGGGAUACAGGCACUUCAAGGGGCCUGUGAGUACACGUUCCGAAGAGCUUGAGGAGGAAGAUAGAAAAAUCGAAUGAGAUUACGGGGAAUUAAGUGGAUGCCAGGUGUGAUUGUUUCGUCCUAGCACUUGUCGGCAUGGAACAAAU